UCAAUUAACAAUUUGGUUGGUAGUACUUUUGCUUUACCGUCUUUCAACAAUCUACAAUCGAGUUCUAACUUUUUUGAUUGUUAUUAAUAAUUAAAAUAAUAAUGACUGAGAAACAAUUAUCUACCGACGAGGCCGAGGUCUACGAUCGCCAAAUUCGUUUGUGGGGCAUAGAAGCACAAGAAAAGUUGAGAGCCGCUAAUGUUUUGUUGAUUGGGGUACGCGGCUUGGGGUCAGAAAUCGCGAAAAAUAUUCUACUUUCUGGUAUAAACUCAUUGACAAUUCUUGACGAUGGACUUGUCUCACUGAACGAUAUAACUGGCAACUUUUUGUUACACGAAAAAGUACCAAUUGGUAGCAAAAUCGCUGAACAGGUGUUGCCUAGGGCACAGGCUUUGAAUCCUUUGGUGAAAAUUGUCGUCGAUACUGAUUCAGUUGCGGCGAAAAGUGGAGAUUAUUUUAAAGAAUUUACAAUUGUGGUUGCCACGAAAAUAAAGUUUGAGACGAUUUUGAAAAUUGAUGGUUUUUGUAGAGAGCACAAUGUGAAGUUUAUUUAUGGAGAAGUGGCUGGGUUUUUUGGAUAUUCAGUGUCUGAUUUCCAAGAUCAUGAAUAUUUUGAAGAUCGUGUUCAACUUGCUCCAGGCUCAAAACGUGGACAUGAGGGUGACAAAAAGACCAAAAGAAUUAAAGGCAAAAUGCUUUAUCCGCCUUUAAAUAAAGUACUUGUGUUACCAAACACAAAACAAGAUAUUGGAGCCAUUAAAAAAAUGUCAAGACCUAAUAAUUUGUUUGUCUGCAUGUUAAUGUUGGUGGAGUUUCGUAAAAGGCAUGACCGUGAUCCUGAUUUGGAUAAGAAAUCGGAAGAUAUUGAAGUAUUAAAAAUCAUCGCAACUGAAAUAAUAGAAUUGUAUCAAUUCUCAAAAAUCAAUGUUGAUAAUUUACUUGAGCUGAUAUUUGGUGAAUUGAGCCCUGUUUGUGCAAUCCUUGGUGGAAUAAUGGCACAAGAAGUAAUUAAGGCAGUGUCACACAAAGAAGUUCCCAUUAAUAAUAUUUUUCUCUUUGAUCCUGUGACUUACAGUGGGAAAGAGUUAACAGUAGGAGCAUAAUUUUUCAGUAUUGUAAUUUUUUGUAAUAAAACAUUAAGCCUA